AUGGAAGUAUACGGUUUAGACAUUGUUAAUACAACCACACUCACUCAACCACACAAAAUAAUGUUAACAACGGCUAUGCCAGAGCAAGAGAAAAGAAUUCGACAUCCACUGUCCACAACAUCCAACAGGUUACUGAAGAGCUCUUACACAGAGUUACACUUUCUGAGCAAUUUUAUAAAUGGGAAACCUACACGUAACAAUACUCCUCAGCAAGCUAAUGUGAAAUCCUCAUCUACCCCAUCUAAUUUUGCAAGACAGUUGCAAAAGUCUAAUGUUGUCUGCUUCAAGUGUGGAAGAGCAGAACACUUCAGUCAGCAGUGUUAUUGGAAUUAUCAGCAGUCCAAUUGGGCCUGUUGGCCAAAAAGUUCUUCAAGGUCAGACAGUGGAAGAAGUAAGGGCAUCCUAUGCGCUUUUCGCUUCAACACAGAAACAGGCCCUUUGUUCUGUGCCCGUCUUCUGAAGGAUUCCCCAGACAAAAUUGCAGACAUAGAUCCUGAAGACCUGGAUCCUGACCUGAACACAGCUACUUCAUGUUCUUUGGUUUUCACCACGGUGUUGUGGAUGGUACAACAUGUACAUUCAUGGGUUUUCUUCAUUUCUAUGUUGAACGAUAUCAUUUCUAAUAGGCCUAUAAAUGAUGAUGAACCACUGGGUGAAUAUUUCCCAGAAGAUGCAACAGUCAAAUUAAUUUUGAGAAAGAAAGAAAUGAUUGAAUCUGAUUCUUGUCUGCGAGACAGACUCAUUCAGGAAAAUGAAGUACAAAAGAAUCAAAAGGCAAACAUAACACAAAUUUCUGACAAGACAUCAACAGAAAAGAGAACUGUGACUUUAGCGAGAGUACUUAGUCAGAAUGUAACUUUGAAGUUUAUACAAAAAUGCCGACAAGAGAAAGUCACUGUGAACUCUGCCUUCUCAGCUCUUGUUGCUGUGGCACUGACAGACACCUUAGUUGAAUAUGGCUUGGUGAAAGAUUCCUACUCUGUUCAGAAUUUCCAUUUGGUUAACUUGAGAAGAUACUGGAAAAAUAAACCGCCCAUUUCCCUGGGUUGCUUCUGGGACUACGUUCGUUCUCUGCAUCAACUAAUCAAGGAUGGCAUUGAGAGUGAGAAAGUCCUUACAGAUAAAGCACUUCACUUACUGACAAUGGAAGGGUCGCCAUACACAGGCAAGUUUCUUGUUUCUGACAAGGAAUAUGAGGGGGACUUUGUAACCUCAAAUUUAGGGAAUGUAACUCCACUGGUGACAGAGGGUGGAGAACAUGUCAAAAUCAGCCAUAUCAUACGAUCAACAACAAUCCAUUGUAUUCAAAACCCUGUUGUAAUCAAUUUACACACCUUCAGAGGGAAGUUCACUAUGAUGUUCGAUUACAAUUCUGGUGCAGUACAAAAAGAUAUUGCUGAAAAGUACUGUUCUCAAAUAUUAAAACAUCUAUUUGGCAUUUUGGAAUAGACUUUAUUUGAUUUAUGGAAGGUCUGAUGACCAGGCACAACACAAAUAUAUCUAUUACCCAGAGCUCAAAAAAAAAAUUCAUUUCUUGCUGAGUAACAUACUAUGUUAAGUUUCAAGAGAUUAUAAACAGCAUAUGAAGAAAAAUAUUGUAAAGAUAACUUGAAUGUAAAGACAAUUAUUAAAGUAAAUAUCCCUUGCAAAUGUUUCCCAAAUCUAGUUCCUCUCCCACUAAAAUAUUCUAAGAUUUUUGUAACAGCUAAGAUUAGUUUAAUUUCAAUUAAGCCCAAUUCAUAACAGAAAACUUUCUUCACACACAAUUUAGUUAUUGAAACUGUCUUGUA